AUGUCGGAUCCCUCUAAGGAUACCAUCCGGGCGCACUGGAAGUGCUUCGUCGCUUGCGGCAUCAUCGUCCUGUCACCCUUCCAGUAUGGACUUGACUUUGGCCUAAUCGGUGGCCUGCAGGCCAUGCCUGGGUUCCUCAAGAUCUAUGGCUACCGAGCUCCCGAAACCGCGAUCGGAUGGAACAUCUCGACUACACGACAACAACUCAUCUCGUCCUUGAUGACCCUUGGUGCUUUCAUCAGCUCCAGUCUUGCUGGCUUCGCCGCUGCCAAGCUUGGUAGAAAGAUGUGCCUCUGGAUCGCAUGUCUCCUCUGUGCAGUUGCCAACAUCAUCAUGAUGACUACAACCCACAUUGUCCCCCUCUAUAUCGGCCGUCUUCUCAUCGGUCUGGCCAACGGUUACUUCAUGACCUUCUCUCAGCUCUACAUUCAAGAGACUAGCCCGGCCAAGUACCGAGGUCUCUUCCUCAGCAUCUUUCAGUUCUGCACCUCGUUUGGCACCCUCAUUGGUACCAUCAUCGACUGGGCAACUGCGAAGCGACCCGAUAGAUCCGCCUACCUCAUCCCUCUUGCCAUCAUCUACGUCGUGCCCGCAUUCCUUUUCGUCGCCAUGAUCUUUAUCCCCGAGUCCCCUCGAUGGCUUAUCCUUCAAGGCCGCUACGACGAUGGUCUCAAGUCGCUCAAGUGGCUGAGGCCCAAGAAUGCCGAUGUCGACAAGGAGCUCAACGAGAUUCGAGACGCCAUUAACAAGGAACAAGAGACUGCUAGCGGUGUUGGUAUCUGGGACAUGUUCAACAACCCCAUCGACAGACGACGAACUCUGCUGUCCAUUGGAGCUGUGCUCUUGCAAGCCGCCUCUGGAUCAAUGUUUAUCAUUGCUUACAAGGCCUACUUCUUCGCCAUGGCCAAGGUUGACGAUCCUUUCGCCAUGAGCAACGUCCUCAGCAUGGCCGGUCUCAUUGCCAUUAUUGCAAACUCCUUCAUCGUCGUUCGAUACGGACGUCGUCGUGUUCUCCUCACCAACGGACUCGUCAUCUCCGGUUGUUUCCAGCUUAUCAUCGCCGUCACAUAUGACAAGAACCCUGGAUCCCACGUUACAGGCCGUGUUUUGGUCGCCCUAUCGUGCCUGUACAUGAUGGCCUACAACGGAAUGAUUGCUUCUUACUCAUGGCUUGUUGCGGGAGAGAUGCCCUCUCAGCGCCUUCGCAGCUAUACAUUUGGCGUUGCUGCCGCUAUCGGCUUCCUUGGUGCAUGGCUCAUCACCUUCACUGCCCCCUACUUUAUCAACCCAAGCUCCUUGAACUGGGGUCCACGAUACGGCUACAUCUGGUUCCCCUCUUGCAUUGUUUCUGCCAUCUGGGUCUUCUUCUUCCUGCCCGAGGUCAAGGGCCGCACCCUGGAGGAGAUCGAUGCCAUGUUCAACAAGAAGCUUCCUGCGAGGCACUUCCGAACCCACAAGCUCGAGGGCGAAGCCGGAGGCGAGGCCCAGGGCAAGUCAAGCGUCGAAGUCGAGGUCCACGAGGCCGAAAAGGUUUGA